AUGACCUUUUGGAAAAUGAAAGUAGUGAUCAUUCAGAGAAAAGAAGGUGCGUACUUAAAUGCAUUGGAGUUGAGGCCAACAUUGUUAGGAGAAAUAAAGGAGGCACGAGGUGGAGACCCAGAGUUAGAAAAAAUAAAGAAUGAUGUGAAAAGAGGGAAAUCGCCAGGAUUUCUGAUCCAAGAAGAUGGUACUUUGAUAUUUCAAGGAAGGUCAUGUGUCCCCAAUAAGGAGACAUUAAAGAAGAGGAUUUUAGAAGAAGCUCGUAAUAGUCCUUUCUCAAUCCACCCUGGAGGAAACAAGUUAUACAAAGAUUUGAAACAGACAUUCUGGUGGAGUAACAAGAAGCAAGAAGUCGCUGAAUUCGUGGCAAGAUGUUUGACUUAUCAAAAGGUCAAGAUAGAGCACCAGAGACCUGCAGGGCUCUUACAACCUUUGAGUGUCCUUCUUUGGAAGUAG